CUCCUCGCUUUCUCCCGCAGGUACCGGGGGCUGACGCUGGUGCUGACCUUCCUCUGCUACACCAGCUACCACCUCUCCCGAAAACCCAUCAGCAUCGUCAAGAGCCAGCUGCACCCCAACUGCUCAGCCUUGGGCCCCAACCCCUACAACGACUCCAACAGCAGCACAUGGUGCAGCUGGGUGCCCUUCGAUGGGGACAACUACAAUGAGCUUUUUGGGGCGCUGGAUAAUGCCUUCCUGGUGGCCUACGCCAUCGGGAUGUUUAUCAGCGGCAUUUUUGGGGAGCGCCUCCCCCUGCGCUACUACCUGUCGGGGGGGAUGGUGCUGAGCGGGCUCUUCACCAUGCUCUUCGGCCUCGGCUACUUCUGGGACAUCCACGUCCUCUGGUACUUCAUCAUCGUGCAGAUCUGCAACGGGCUGGUGCAGACGACCGGCUGGCCGUCUGUCGUGGCGUGCGUCGGGAACUGGUUCGGGAAAGGAAAGAGAGGUUUGAUCAUGGGCAUCUGGAACUCGCACACCUCCGUCGGCAACAUCUUGGGGUCGCUCAUCGCCGGCGUCUGGGUUUCUUCCGCCUGGGGCCUGUCCUUCAUCGUGCCCGGCAUCAUCAUCGCCGCCAUGGGAGUCAUCUGCUUCUUAUUCCUCGUAGAAUAUCCCGAGGACGUCGGCUGCAGUCCCCCUCUGCACCACGACCCCGAAGGCAUCGCUUCCCACGAGGGGCCGCUGAGCAUCUCGGGCCAGAGCAGCACGGCCCGCUCUGACAGCCCCAAGGAGCCGGCCGAGGAGCCCGAAGCCAUCAGCUUCCUCGGGGCUCUCCGCAUCCCCGGCGUGGUGGAGUUCUCCCUCUGCCUGCUCUUCGCCAAGCUGGUGAGCUACACCUUCCUCUACCGGCUGGCCCCCUUCCUCGCCCGUGCAGCUCAUUUCAUCGCCAAGGAAGCCGGGGACCUGUCGACCCUCUUUGACGCCGGCGGCAUUUUAGGNNNNAUCUUUGCUGGCCUCAUCUCUGACUACACUGGCGGGAGAGCUACCACGUGCUGCGUGAUGCUGGUCGUCGCCGCUCCCAUUCUGUUCCUGUAUAAUCACAUCGGCCAGAACGGCAUUGGCACGUCAAUAGCGAUGCUGAUUGUCUGCGGCGCUCUGGUUAACGGGCCCUACGCUCUCAUCACCACAGCGGUUUCGGCAGAUUUGGGAACGCACGAGUCUCUCAAAGGAAAUGCCAAAGCCCUUUCGACUGUCACAGCCAUCAUCGACGGCACGGGAUCCGUAGGUGCUGCGCUCGGGCCGCUGCUCGCAGGGCUCAUCUCCCCCACGGGCUGGAAUAACGUCUUCUACAUGCUGAUAGCAGCUGACGUCUUGGCUUGCCUGCUCCUCGCUCGCGUGGUGGUCAAAGAGGUCCGCGGGUGGUGCGGCUACAUGGCGAGGAAGAGAGGCUCUAGCGUGCAGCUAACAGAGUCAGUGCUGGAUGGGAAGUAG